AUUUUUAAACGGGGGACCAAAAUGCAUCACAUCCUUCUUGUCGUUUCUGUUGUAAACAGGCCGUAAACACCAAACGUAAGACAGUUUUUCAGCUUUUAUGUUGAAUUGAACUCAAUUACAAAACUCUUAACAGCAUGCCGUCCUCGGAGCGGUCCAGCCCCGACAGCACACGGAGUCCUCGGACACGGAGGCCACGCACUCGCUCCCGCAGUCGAAGUCGUGGCCGAUCACACAGUUUGUCACCGGAUAGUUUUGGCCCUAAACUCCCAAAACCACGGAACAGAGAACGGGAGCGAGAGGACCGUGAACGACGGUUUCGAGAGGCAAGAAACAUCAAACGAAUCCGAAUCGGAAGCCCACAUAGAAGUCGGUCCAGAUCUAGGUCGAGGGAGAGACACACGAGCUCCAAUAACCACCACUGGUCCGAGCAGCGUGAUGGUUUCGGGAACCACGGUGGGCUCAGGGAUGAAUAUUAUUACGAAGAGCAAAGGGACGAUGCGCAAAGGCAGAGACAAGAGGCUUUCAUUGCCAGGCGUCUACAAGAGAGAGAAAGAAUUGGCGAAUUGGGUUGUCCUGAAGUUUGGGGAUAUUCGCCUAGAGUGAAAGAACCAGAUUCUGAUGAGUUUACCCCUGUUGAAGAUGAUGAAAAAAACAGCAGCUCUGAAUCAAGUUCUGAAGAGGAAAAGAAGAAGAAAAAGAAGAAGAAAAAGAAAUCAAAAAAGAAAAAGAACAAAAAGCACUCUGAGGACAGUGACCUGGAAUCUGAUUCUGAUGAAGAAGCUCUGAAGAAAAAAAAGAAGAAAAAGAAAAGCAAAAAGUCCAAGAAGUCCAAGAAAAAGAAGAUGAAAAAGAACCGCAAGGAGUCCAGCGAGUCUAGCAGCGAAGAGUCUGGAGACGAAGAGGAGGAUGAUGAUGCUGGUGCUGUGAUGUGGGUGGAGAAAACCUGUAUAGAUGAGCAUGUGGUUGGCCCCGAAGCUCCCCUCACACAUUUGUCCCAGGAUGACAAACCACUAGAUUUUGGACAUGCGCUGCUGCCAGGUGAAGGUGCUGCUAUGGCAGAGUAUGUAAAAGCUGGUAAACGUAUUCCAAGAAGAGGAGAAAUCGGACUCACUAGUGAUGAGAUUGCAAACUUUGAAAAAUCUGGCUAUGUGAUGAGUGGCAGCAGACAUCGUCGUAUGGAAGCUGUGCGUCUGAGAAAGGAAAACCAGAUUUACAGCGCUGAUGAAAAGCGAGCUCUGGCUUCAUUUAACCAGGAAGAAAGGAGGAAGAGGGAGAGCAAGAUCCUGUCAAGCUUCAGGGAAAUGGUGUAUAGAAAAACUAAAGGCAAAGAUGAAAAGUAACUCAUGUUUCAUUUUGUUUUCCCAUUUUAAGCCAAUUUCACUUUUUGGAAAGUUUCACAUUACAAAAAUACUUCCUCUUACUCAAUGCAAAGUUGUUGUAUAUAUGAAUGAGUUAGUGUAUUGAUGAAAGAUAUAACAUUCUGUAAAUAUAUACCCAGUAAUGAUUCCCAUUAAUAUGGAGUGUCUAUUACAUGUUUUAAAAGGUAAAAUAAAAAGGAUCUGAUUUUUA